GAGGGAGCGGAGCCAAUGGCUGGGAGGGGGCGGGGCUUGAGCCACACGGCGUUUGACAGUCCGAGCGGGGCCGCAGAGGAGCGGAGCAGCGCGAUGGGGCCGGGCCGGGGACUGGGACCGGGACUGGGACUGGGACUGGGACUGGGACUGGGACUGGGGCUGCUGCUGGGGGUCCUCGUCGGGGCGGCGAGCGCAUUCCACUCCCUGCGCUACUUCGAUGUUGCCGUGUCAGAGCCCAGCCCGGGGGUGCCCCAGUUUGUCAUUGUGGGGUACGUGGACGGGAACCUCAUUGUACGCUACGACAGUGAGACGGGGAAGAUGGUGCCCCGGGCAGACUGGAUGGCGGACAACCUGGACCAGCAGUACUGGGACACCCAGACCCAGAUAGGACAGAGCAAUCAGCAGAAUGACCGCAUUGACCUGAACACGCUGCGGGACCGCUACAACCAGAGCAGGGGGGCUCACACGCUGCAGACCAUGUACGGCUGUGACAUCCUGGAGGACGGCAGCACCAGGGGGUAUCGUCAGGACGCCUACGACGGGAGGGAUUUCAUCGCCUUCGACUUGGACACGAUGACAUUCACCGCGGCAGACGCGGCGGCGCAAAUCACCAAGAGAAAGUGGGAGAAGGACGGGACUGUCGCUGACCGGAUGGAGAGCUACCUGAAGAACACCUGCAUCGAGUGGCUGAGGAAAUACGUGAGCUACGGGCGGGCCGUGCUGGAGAGGAAAGAGCCCCCCAUGGUCCGAGUGUCAGGGAAGGAGGCCCACGGGAUCCUGACCUUGUACUGCCGCGCUUACGGCUUCUACCCGCGGCCCAUCACCAUCAGCUGGCUGAAGGAUGGCGAGGUGAGGGACCAGGAGACCGAGUGGGGCAGCAUCGCGCCCAACAGCGAUGGCACCUACUACACCUGGGCCUCCAUCGAGGCCCUUCCAGAGGAGAAGGACAAGUACCGGUGCCGCGUGGAGCACACCAGCCUGCCCGAGCCCGGCCUCUUCAUGUGGGAGACGGAGUCCAAGCUGGUCACCAUCAUCCUGGCGGUGGCUGUUGCCAUCCUGCUUGUGAUCGCCAUCAUGGCCGGAUUCGCCUUCUGGAAGUACAAAUCAGGGAGGAAGAAGAAGGGUUAUGAUCCGGCAUCAGGCACGGACGGCGGGUCUGGCAGCUCAGCCAAAGGGCUCACCAUCUAACUGCUCCACGCGGGGCCAGCACGUGGUUGGAUUCGGCCCCCUGCUCUAUCGCCGGCUGGACGCAGAGAGGUGCUGGAGGAGGCCGAGAGCUGCCUGCAGAGAGAGCUUGUCACGCUGCGCUUGCCCACCCCUGGCUGUGGUGGUGGCUCUUCUGGGAGGGUGAACACCCUAUUUUCUGAUACUUGGAGAGCUGCAGUUAUUACCGAUAUUCUUUAAUUUUGAGGUUGCAGCUGAUUUCUUCCGUGUGUGUACAUUUCCUGGCAUGAACAAUAAAUGCUGGUCCCCA